AUGCAUGCUGGCGGGGGCAUCCCAUCCGCGGCGGCAUCCGCGUUCUGGUGGAGCUCGGCGCGCGAGCAUGCCGGCCAGCUGGUCGCGCAAGCUGUGGCCAAGGCCGGAACAAGGCCGAUUGCGCCCGUGAUUGCGCGGACCUACAUGUCCACGCGGACAGCUCGCAGCUUUGUGGGGCUCGGGGGCUCCGCUCACGUGGACCGGGCAGUCAGCGUUUGCGCUGUGGCGGGCGGGGCUGCGUGCUCGGAGCUCCACCGUGGAGCCUCCACGAGCUUUUUCGCCACGCGUGUCGUUCCGACGCUGCGUGGGGCCCAGGAUGUUACGCGGUGGCUUCUCCUGUCCUCGUCCCUCCUGCUUGGACUCACGCUCUUGUUAUCGCUGCUAGCGACACCUCCGUUGCGCCAACGGCUGCAACCGGAGCCGAUUCCUAACACAGGAGACACGCCGCGCACUGCCCGCAGUGUACCGCUUGCCUCGGUGUCGGUGACCCAUGACGAGCGAGCGCGCGCCCGGCACGAAGCGGGCGAGCCGAUACUGGAUGCAUAUUGCACGCGACUGCGGCACGAGUCUCCACCAGCAAGCGGUUAG